GGCCGAUCGACGCUAGCGGCUCUAUCGCGUUUCCGUUAAUCGGUAUUAGAAUAGUUAUAACAUUCUUCUUUUCUGUAAAUUAGUGUUACUGUUAAACUCUAUCGUCGAUAUAUAUACCAUAUAAAUCUGGAAAAAUGGAUUCGGAUACUUGGAAAAUUGAAAAUAGCAUUUGCCGAUGUUGUCACGCCGAAGGCUAUUUCUUCAACUUAGGCGAACCACGUCCGUUCUGUGGUCAAACGGAGGUGUAUGCGGAUAUGAUCAGAGACAUUUUUGAUAUAGAUAUGAGGCCAUUACCAGGGCCACUAUGUGAUUUGACAUACACAAUAUGUAUGUCUUGUAUUUUCAAGUUACGAGAGGCAAUUCAGUUCAAGAAACAAGUGCAGAGCUGUGAAGAUAAAUUUCUAGAUUAUUAUUACACAAAUAAGUUAGAAGUUAAGAAAAAGGAUGUUGCACAAGCAGUCAUCAAGAUAGAACCAGUUGUUGAAUUCAAAGAGGAGUAUUUGAAUGAAGAUGAAUUUGAUAGUAAUGAUGAUACAAAUCAGGAUUUUGCAAUGCACGAUGAUAAUGAUGACGACGAUGAAGAUGACGAUGAUGAUGAAGGUUCAAAAUUGGAAUAUCUGCUCAAGAAGGGAAAAGGAAAAGGCAAAGGGAAGUCGGAGCCUGUCCAAGUGGUGAUCAAGGCAGAGUCGGCACCGGUCAAGCCAGAGCAGAGAACGACAAACAAGAAGCUCGUGAAAGUUAACAAGAUAACUGUUCCAGUGAAAAAGAAAGAUGAAAAAAAAAAAUUCAGACUGCGGAAAGAAGAUUAUGAGAGAUCCGAAGAUAAAUUCAAGUGCAACAAAUGUGACAAGGUAUAUAACAAGCUACAUUCUCUGCGGAAACACGUUAAGACCAAACAUUACGACAUACUCAAACACGAGUGCAACAUAUGCCAACGAGCAUUCUCCACAGAUGCCCAGUUCACAGUCCACAAGUACGAGGAGCAUAAAAUAGACGACCGCUUAAAAUGUAACGCAUGCCCCAUGGUGUUCAAUACUAAACGCCAGCUAAUAAAGCACAGGAACAUUUUCCACAUGCUCGGAAAGAAGUACAAGUGUAGCAGCUGCGACUACGAGACCUACAGCGCUGAGGCGCUCUAUAAGCACAACUUUAAACACAAAACAGUUCGAGACUUUCACUGCAAGUUUUGCCGAAAGUCGUUUUUGCGUAGAGCGACGCUGGUUCUUCACGAGCGGAUCCAUACGGACGAACGAAGAAAGAUUUGUAACGAGUGCGGACAGGCUUUCGUGCAGAAAGCCAGCCUCAACUACCACAUGGCUAAACACCAUCCAGAGGUUCAAUUUUAAUAUCACAAAUUAUUGACUGUAUAAAAUGUAAAUGAUUAAUAAAUACUUGUUUUAAUUUUUAAUCAUACAGUUCACAUACGCUCCUUCAUCAUUUUGGAAUAAUAUUAUAAUCGGAGAUUCAUCAGUGUCUGGAAAUACCCCAUCGACAUCCAGGACCACAUCAAGUUCUUUGCCAGCUUUGCGCGAUAUCUACGUACAAUCGUUUGCAGUCUAUCUGUGUUUUUAUUCUUAGACUUCCAGUCCAACCUUGUAGUCUUCUAAAAAUAUUUGUCUGAUAUGUUCCUGCGCAACUAAAUUAUUAUGUUUUUCUCUGCUAGUAAUCGAUUUCAUGAAUGUGGUUUGAGUUCCAUACGAGUUGCGCGUUCGUCCGUGUUAUCAAGUAAAAUAAGCCAGCCAGUGAAAAAGUAUUAGUUUUAAAGAAAGUCAGUGAUAUCAGAUGAGUCUAGCGCGGGUGUUAAUUGAAA